GCGUGAGCAGAGGGGUCGGGAAAAGAAAGGAACUGCGGUUAGUGCUGAGAUGACGACGUUAGUGCUGGAUAACGGAGCCUACAACGCCAAAAUCGGUUACAGCCAUGAAAACGUCUCAGUUAUUCCUAACUGUCAGUUCAGGUCAAAAACGGCACGUCUUAAAACUUUUACUGCUAACCAGAUAGAUGAAAUAAAGGAUCCUUCUGGACUCUUUUAUAUUCUUCCUUUUCAAAAGGGCUACUUGGUGAAUUGGGAUGUUCAAAGACAAGUCUGGGAUUACCUUUUUGGAAAAGAAAUGUAUCAGGUUGAUUUUUUAGACACUAAUAUUAUUAUCACAGAACCAUAUUUUAACUUCACUUCAAUUCAAGAAUCAAUGAAUGAAAUCUUAUUUGAAGAAUACCAGUUUCAAGCAGUAUUAAGAGUAAAUGCUGGGGCUCUCAGUGCACAUAGGUAUUUCCGAGAUAAUCCUUCCGAAUUAUGCUGUAUCAUUGUAGAUAGUGGAUAUUCCUUUACACAUAUAGUUCCUUAUUGUAGAAGUAAAAAGAAAAAAGAAGCAAUUAUUCGGAUAAAUGUGGGAGGAAAACUCCUAACCAAUCAUCUAAAAGAGAUUAUAUCUUACAGGCAGUUACAUGUUAUGGAUGAAACACAUGUGAUUAAUCAAGUGAAAGAAGAUGUAUGCUAUGUGUCUCAGGAUUUUUAUAGAGACAUGGAUAUUGCCAAGUUGAAAGGAGAAGAAAAUACAGUAAUGGUAGACUAUGUUUUGCCUGACUUUAGUACAAUUAAAAAGGGCUUUUGUAAGCCAAGAGAAGAAAUGGUGUUAAGUGGAAAAUAUAAAUCUGGGGAACAAAUUCUUCGUCUGGCCAAUGAGAGAUUUGCUGUUCCAGAAAUACUCUUUAAUCCUUCUGAUAUAGGAAUUCAAGAAAUGGGAAUUCCAGAAGCUAUUGUCUAUUCAAUUCAGAACUUACCUGAAGAAAUGCAGCCACAUUUUUUUAAGAACAUUGUUUUGACAGGAGGAAAUUCCCUUUUCCCGGGAUUUAGGGAUCGGGUUUACUCGGAAGUUCGAUGUCUCACUCCAACAGAUUACGAUGUUUCUGUUGUGCUGCCUGAAAACCCUAUUACUUAUGCCUGGGAAGGUGGAAAAUUGAUAUCAGAGAAUGAUGAUUUUGAAGAUAUGGUGGUAACAAGAGAAGAUUAUGAAGAAAAUGGACAUAGUGUCUGUGAAGAGAAAUUUGAUAUUUAAGAAACGUUUCUGAAAGUUUUGACUGUGACAAAGGUUUAAUUUUCAAUGUUCUUUUUAAAGGAAGUUAAGGACCUGUGUUACCUUUCAUCCUAAGAUAAGAUAACAUCUCGAACUUAUGUAAAUACUUUGAUCCAUGGCUGAUUUUCAAAGGUUUCUUAGCUAGGUUAGUAAGUAAACUGUAACUCAGACCAAAUUUUCAGUUAGGAGCUCGACUUACUAUAACAAUGCUUAUGCUGUUUCCGAGACUAAGUUAUCUUUCAUUAGAAGAUGAAAGAGUGAGUGUAUUUUAAGUUUAAUUCUUUAUAGCUAAAAGCACAAACUUAACUGUCUCACUGGUCAGGUUUCCUUAGAAGGUAGUUUUGUGUGACUGACUAGGAAUUGGCCAGAGUAUUUUCAGGCUGGUAUGAUUUCUCUCUUUCUUCUAGAACAAAGUAUUUUAUCUUUAAAUUUUCAUUUUUAUUUGUAUAUACUAAAGUUGGAAAAAGUAAUCUAUGUGUAUGUAAUGUUUAUUUUUUACUUAGCCUAAGUUUGAAAGGAUGAAGACCAAAGCCAAUUUAUUGAAGUGUUUUUGGUCAGUACUCUGUUGCAGAAAUGUAUUAUUUCGCUCAUAAAAAUACUAUACCAUUUUUUAGGAUGAAAUUCUUGUGUCAUUGGGCUCAUGAAUCAAAUUCCUGCCAAUCUCUUUACCUUAGCUUGGAUCAUGUGCCUACCCCAUGGCUUCAGGGAUUUUAACAGCCCUACUAAGAUAGCCUAGAGUGAAAGAAGGUAGUUUCCCAAAGGAAAAUUAAGGUGAAGAGACAGAUGCUGGGCAGGGUGAAAGAGCUGUCCACUACAAUUAUAUUUGGAUUAUAUGGACAGUCCCCGAUUUACAAUGGUUCGACUUAAUGAUUUUUUGACUUUACAAUGGUGUGAACGCAGUAUGCAUUCAUUAGAAACUGUUCUUCAAAUUUUGAACUUUAAUAUUUUCCUGGGCUAGCGAUAUUUGGUAUGUUACUCUCGUGAUGCUGGGCAGCGGCAGUGAGCCACAGGUCCCAGUCAGGGUAAACAACCAAUAUGCUUACAACCAUUCUGUACCCACCAACCAUUCUGUUUUUCACUUUCAGCACAAUAUUCAAUAAAUUAUGAAAUAUUCCACACUGAAUUAUAAAAUAGGCUUUGUGUUUGAUGAUUUUGCCCAACUCUAGGCUAAUGUAAAUAUUCUGAGCGCAUAUAAGGUAGGCUAGACUAAGCUAUGAUGCUUGGUAGGUGAGGUGUAGUAAAUGCAUUUUUGACUUAAUCAAAGAAAAUCUGUAUUAGGUUAGGGCCUGGUCAGUCCUUCCUAGACCUAGACUAGUUACAUUACUUGUUAUCAUUGCAGAGUUGCAAAUUGAUUGUGUUUGUGUGAUACCCAGGUACUAGCAUAUAAUCUGUGGAGAGUGUGGCAAAAAGAUGCUGGUGGCAUAAAAGAAGUUUUUGCAACCAUACAGUGUAACUGUGCUAGAAUUUCAGGGUGAUGCAGUUAGAGGUAUAAAGGUAAGUCACCAUUUAAAGGGCUUUCCUUGACUUACCAGGACCUCAUCUUGCAGGCAGAAUAGUAUCAUCAACAGCCAAGAUGUUUUUCAUAUGAGGAACUGGGGCAUUCCUCAAAGCUGCAUUUCCAAAACAUGCCCUAGCUUGAAGUUUCCCAUUAUGUUCUGCUGAGAAUAAUGUGUGUGUCACAUGCUUACUACAGUACACUAAUUUCUGUUCACGGUGUAGUUCUCAUAGGGCUCGUUUUUGAGACACUAAAAAUUCAUUUCUGAAAUUAAUGAACUAAUCUAAUCGUUUAUCUCUAGCCUUGAAGCUCCCAU